AUGGAAUUUCGUGUUUAUGUAGACGGUAUUGCAAAAAUAAUUUGUGAUUUAACACGUGAAACAACCAUUCAUGAUAUUAUUAUUGCACUAGCACAAUUAAAAGGAAAACCGGGACGUUAUUCUUUAGUCGAACGAACACCAAACUCAUAUCGAACGUUGGGUCCCAAUGAAAGACCUUGUGAUUUAAUCGAAAAAUGGGCAAAUAACGCACAUGUAAGAUAUAUUCUAAUGCAAAAUAAUAGUUCAACAUUAUUGUUAUCUUCAACAAAUGAAACGUCAAAACUACAAAAUAACCAUAAAAGAUCAAAAAGUUUAGAUGGACGAAAAACACCGUCGUCACAACAAGAACAAACAAAUGAACAAGAGUCGGAUGCAAUUUCUUCAAGUAUGUCUCAUCCUGUGAUCUUAAAUCAUAAUCAUUUUCGAACAAUACAUGGAAUACCGUCAACAUCUCAACCGAAGAAAAAACGUACUCAAAUUCCAUUUCAAAAUAGUAACGCUAACAAUAAUAAUAACAAUAAUAAUAAUAAUAAUAAUAAUACUCAUAUUUUAACUCCUUCAUUGUUCGAUACUACGAAACCCUAUCGAACUAUUCAUAUUGUUGAACAAGAUUUUGGUACACUCGAUACAAAUCGUCCAUCUAAAUAUAAUAAAGUUAUACAACAACGAACGAAUCUCUCUGAUCAUUUGAUUUCAUCUACAUCAUUGGAAAAUCAUCAUGCUAAACUUGUUCCAUUAUCAAAUUCAAAUCAUAAUACAAUAUCAUCUUCUACUUCAACAGUGAAAUCAUCCUUAUUAAUGAGACCAAAAUCUUCUUCAUCUAUAUCGACAUCAACAUAUUCGGAUAAUAAUUCGAAUAGUAGUGCUUUUCGUCUUAUAAAUAAUCGACCACAAACGACAAUAGCAACACAACGACAAUCACGACGAGUAAUUAAAAAUAAUACAAGUGGUCACGGUUCUAAUAAUGAUAUUUCACAAUCAAGGAUAAUGAUAAAAGAUAACAUAUUAAAAGAACAAUAUCUGACAUUAAUUAAUAUUUUAAGAGCACAAGAAAUACAAGUUAUACAACAACAAAAAGAGCUAACGGAUAAACAAAGAGAAAUUGAAUAUCGUGAAAUUCAUUUAUCUCAAACAGAACGUGAUAUUCAAAAUAUUCAACAUGAUAUUCAUUUAUUAGAAGAUCACGAUCGUUAUAUAAAUGAUGAAUGUGAACAAUUAUCACGUGAAAAUUCACAAAAACUAUUCGAUUAUGAAUUGCAGAAACAUUUAAAAUUACGACAUGAUUAUGAUGAACAUAAUAAAAAAAUUCAUGUUAAUAAAUGUGUAAUGGAAACAAAAAAUAUGGCAUGUGAACAGUUAGAACAAGGAGUUAAACAAUGUCGUGAUGACUUAGAUAAGUUACAUUUGGAUACAACUGAACAAGAAAUUGGACAUAUUAAAAAUGAUUUAGAACAAUUGAUAUCAUCAUUUAGUAGUCAAGAACAAUUAUUACAAUUGUUACAACAAAGAAAUGAUGAUCUAGAAUAUUUACUGAAUGAAAGACGAGAACAAAUGAAUGAUUUGGAACGAGAGUUGUUAAAAGUAGAUGAAAUACUUAUUAACAGUCUUAUCAGUCCAUAUGGUUCAAAUUCGGAUAUGCCAGUUCGAUUACAAUUUGUUAAUAGUACAUUGUGGAAAUUAUGUCCAAGUGGAAUAUGGGUGUGA